AUGGCAGUCAAAUAGUAAACAAAGUGGGGGAGUCUUGCGUGAUUUUUCCUCCGAGGAAAAUUCUCAAAUAUCUUCUAAAAUCACGUGAGAAUGGCGAAGUAAAUUAGUAGAAAGUGAAAUUUCCUGCAUAAGGAAAACUGACGUAUCCAAGUGAGAAGCCAAGUGAUUGAUUAACGUGCAUUUUUCACGCAUUUUUGCCACACCAUGGGACUGCCCGAUUUGUGUGAUAAUCCAUGUGGCCCGUUGAGUGUGAUCCCCAUCCACAAACGCCCAGAUCUCAUUGAGUCGUGCGCCCGGCUUAUUAAUGACGAGUGGCCGAGGAGUCUUGGGGCGCGCAUGGCGCAGCUGUGCAAUUCCUCAGAGAGCCCACCCACGAACCUGGUCCUCCUCAAGAGUGACUCCUUCGUUCUAGCCCACAUCAAGAUCACACCCGUGCCUUGGGACGCCAGCGCGUGCUUCCUGGAGUCGGUGGUGGUGACGAAGGAGUGCCGCGGGCAGGGACUGGGCACGUACCUCAUGCGGCAGGCUGAGCAGUACUGCUCGCAGCGGCUGCAAAUGUCCAUCAUCUACCUCUCCACGGUCGACCAGGUGCGCUUCUACGGGAAGCUGGGAUACGUAGAGUGCGAGCCCAUCUCCAUCUACGGAAAGGUUAACUUCAAGCGACCCACGGCCACCACACGCAAACACUACAUGAAGAAGACGCUGAAGAACGACCCAGACGAGGACAAUGCCAAGGGGAGAUAG